GUUUUGGUGAGGUAACUUUAGGUUUCAACACGAUACAAGCUGUCUUGUCAAACUUGUGUGUAGAAAGUGAGGAAGGCUUGGACACAUCAUUUCGUUUAUUCUCUUCUAUUUUUAUUAUUCUUAAAAUGAUUGAAAUACAACCAGUAAUAAACAAAUAUCCGAAAAAAGGUCCAAUUAUACAAUAUGGAACAGCAGGUUUUAGAACUAUUGCUGAAAAUUUGGAUCACAUUGCCUUCAGAAUGGGUCUUUUAGCUGCUUUACGCUCCAAAGGGAAAGGCUCAGCAGCAAUUGGUCUUAUGAUAACUGCCUCUCACAACCCAGAAGCCGAUAAUGGUGUUAAGAUGAUUGAUCCGCAUGGUGAAAUGUUGGAACAAAAAUGGGAAUCCAUUGCCACUGAACUAGCGAAUGCUGAUGAUAAUUUAGUUCAGGAAGAAUUGAAUAGAAUUGUUUCAGAAUUAGGAAUAGAUAUAUCAAAGCCUGCCCAUGUAUUUAUUGGAAGAGAUACUAGGCCCAGUAGUCUACAUCUUUCAAAAGCUGCGAUGGAUGGAGUAGAAGUCCUUUCAGGUUUUGUUAAAGACCAUGGAGUUGUAACUACCCCUAUGCUCCAUUAUUAUGUGUAUUCUUACAACAUUGGUCCUUCAAAUGAAAUAUCAUACCGAGAAAACUAUUUAUCUAGAUUCACAGCAGCGUUUAAAGCUCUUCGGAAAGAGAGCACUAAGAAUGUGAACUAUGAAGCUACUAUAGAUUUUGAUGGAGCUAAUGGAGUAGGUGCGAUAGCUAUGCAUGAAUUUGUAAGCCGAUUGGGAAAUUCUUUGAAUGUGAAUAUUUAUAACAGUGACACUACAACGAAAGGAAAACUUAAUUUUAUGUGUGGGGCAGAUUUUGUGAAGACAAACCAAAAGCCCCCAGAAGGAUUUGCUAUAAUUCCUAACAGAAGAAUUGUUUCUGUGGAUGGUGAUGCAGACCGAGUUAUUUACUGUUAUGUAGAUGAAAAUGGCGUUUUUCAUUUACUUGAUGGUGACAAUAUUGCUACUUUAGUUGCUGGCUAUUUGAUGGAUUUAGUAAGAGAUUCAGGUCUCAAUUUGAAGCUUGGUCUUGUUCAAACAGCUUAUGCUAAUGGAAAUUCUACUCGCUAUAUAUCUGAAAAAUUGAGAGUUCCUGUUGCUUGUGCUUGUACUGGUGUCAAACAUCUCCACCACAAGGCUCUUGAAUAUGAUAUAGGAGUUUACUUUGAAGCUAAUGGACACGGUACAGUUCUCUUCAGUAAUAAUGCUAGAAAUCUUAUUACUCAGGCUGCAGCAGAUGAGAGGUUACCUGACAGCAAGCGACAAAUGGUAAUCCGUUUAAAGCAGUUGACUGAAUUGAUCAAUUCAACUGUAGGCGAUGCUAUUUCAGAUAUGUUCUUGGUAGAGACAGUGUUAUACUUUCGAGGUUGGAGUAUUCAAGAUUGGUUUUCUGUCUAUGCUAAUUUACCAAAUCGCCUUUCAAAAGUAACAAUUACGGAUAGGAAUACGAUUAAAACAGCGGAUGCUGACAGAAAAUGCACCAGCCCAGAAGGUUUACAAGAAGCGAUUGAUAAAAUUGUUAAGGACUAUCCAUCAGGCAGAAGUUUUGUUAGGCCAUCAGGUACUGAAGACAUUGUGCGGAUUUAUGCUGAAGCCGAGAGCCAAGAAGCUGCUGAUGAGUUAGCAACUAGAGUUUGUCGUUUAGUUUAUGACAUUGCUGGAGGUAUUGGAGCAUUCCCGUAAUAAGGCCAGGUUUUAGCAAUUGAUAAGUGAAAUUCAUGC